CUGAACUGCACUCGCGACAUUUUCCGGCGGGAGAAUAUUUUUCACCGCACCCAAGCUGAUGUCAUGGGUGUUUACAUCUAUCUAUUGACGACUGUCGCAGUGCUAGUGGGAUAUCUAGUAUUGAAAUGGCGUCGUUCCCUGCAGUACUGGCAGAAUCUGGAUAUUCCUUGCGAGGAGCCUCAUAUUCUGAUGGGAAGCCUGACGGGAGUGCAAACCAGUCGAACAUUCUAUGACAUUUGGAUGGAUUACUAUAAUAAGUUUCGUGGAUCUGGCCCUUUCGCGGGUUUCUAUUGGUUCCAACGACCCGGAAUACUUGUGCUAGACACCUCGCUGGCCAAGCUCAUCUUGAUUAAGGAGUUCAACAAGUUCACGGACCGCGGAUUCUAUCACAAUACGGAGGAUGAUCCCUUGUCGGGGCAACUGUUCUUGCUAGACGGCCACAAGUGGAAGUCUAUGAGAAACAAGCUAUCCUCUACAUUUACAUCCGGAAAAAUGAAAUACAUGUUUCCCACCGUGGUGAAGGUGGGACACGAGUUCAUCGAAGUCUUUGGCCAGACAAUGGAAAAGUCCCCCAUCGUUGAGGUCAAGGAUAUUCUGGCCCGAUUCGGUACCGACGUGAUCGGCACCUGCGCAUUUGGAAUUGAAUGCAGUAGUCUUAAAGAUCCAGAGGCCGAAUUCCGGGUCAUGGGUCGACGGGCCAUUUUCGAACACCGCCACGGACCGAUUGGAAUUGCGUUCAUCAAUAGCUUCCCUAAUUUGGCCCGUCGGCUUCAUUUAAAAAUAACCAUAGAGGAAGCCGAACACUUUUUCCUCCGCAUCGUCAGGGAAACUGUGGCUUACAGAGAGCAGAACAAUAUCCGUCGCAAUGACUUUAUGGAUCAGUUAAUUGAUUUGAAAAACAAUCCACUAACAAAAUCAGAGACUGGGGAAAGUGUGAGCCUCACGAUCGAGGAAAUAGCAGCUCAGGCGUUUGUGUUUUUCGGGGCUGGCUUUGAAACCUCAUCGACCACCAUGGGAUUCGCCUUGUAUGAACUAGCCCAGCAUCAGGACAUCCAAGAUCGGGUAAGGGAAGAGUGCCAGGAGGUCAUUGGCAAGAACAACGGGGAGCUAACUUACGAAAGUAUGAAGGAACUGGUCUAUUUAGAUCAGGUAAUAGCGGAAACCCUUCGCCUGUACACCGUUCUUCCUGUCUUGAAUCGCGAAUGCCUGGAGGACUUCGUGGUUCCGGAUAAUCCGAAAUACGUAAUUAAAAAGGGAAUGCCCAUUUUGAUUCCUUGUGGGGCCAUGCACCGCGAUGAGAGAUUAUAUGCCAACCCAAACACCUUUGACCCCGAUAACUUCACCCCCGAACGCGUCAAGGAGCGCGAUUCCGUGGAGUGGCUUCCAUUUGGCGAAGGUCCCAGAAAUUGCAUUGGUAUGAGAUUUGGCCAAAUGCAGACUAGGAUUGGAUUGGCUUUCCUACUCAAGAACUUUAAGUUCUCCGUAUGCGACCAGACCACGAUUCCCAUGGUAUACAGCAAAAAAACCUUCCUAAUAUCAAGUGAUACUGGAAUCUUCCUGAAAGUUGAACGAGUUUAA